AUUUCAGAUCCAAUCUAUAAAUACUGCGUAAACAUACUGUAUAUCGAUUCUUCUUCAUUGUUUACUUAAUUACAAUUGCCUAAUUUCCUCAUUGGAUUUUAUCUGCCCAGAAUCAGUGAAGAGACUUGACACUUGCCCAAAAAAAAUACAAGAAAAAUAAAAAAUGGGAUAUAUAGGAGCACAUGGAGUAGCAGCGUUGCACAGAUACAAAUACAGUGGGGUUGACCAUUCUUAUCUUGCCAAAUAUGUAUUACAACCUUUUUGGGGUCGUUUCGUCAAAAUCUUCCCUCUAUGGAUGCCACCAAACAUGAUUACACUUACUGGGUUCAUGUUCUUACUCAUGUCUGCACUGCUUGGAUAUAUAUAUUCACCUCGUUUGGAUUCACCUCCACCAAGAUGGGUUCAUUUUGCACAUGGCUUACUUCUAUUUUUGUAUCAGACUUUUGAUGCUGUCGAUGGGAAGCAAGCUCGACGGACAAAUUCAUCUAGUCCAUUGGGCGAGCUUUUUGACCAUGGCUGUGAUGCACUUGCAUGUGCGCUUGAGGCCAUGGCUUUCGGAAGCACUGCCAUGUGUGGAAGAGAUACUUUCUGGUUCUGGGUAAUUUCAGCUGUUCCAUUUUAUGGAGCAACAUGGGAACACUAUUUUACCAAUACCCUUAUUCUUCCGGUGGUCAAUGGACCUACAGAGGGUCUUAUGCUUAUCUAUGUAGCCCACUUUUUUACAGCCUUAGUCGGUGCUGAAUGGUGGGCUCAGCAUUUUGGGAAUUCUAUCCCCUUCUUGAAUUGGGUGCCACUGAUUAAUGGGAUCACAACUUACAAAGCAGUGUUAUAUAUGAUGAUAGCCUUUGCUGUUAUUCCUACGCUUUACUCCAAUGUGUCGAAUGUCUACAAUGUCGUUCAUGCACGAAAAGGAAGCAUGUUACUGGCUUUGGCAAGGUAAUUCUUAAGAUACGUUCUUAUGCAGGGAUUAUUGUCUCCUUCUGAAAUGAGGAACUAUCCACAUUUAGUUGUACUGGGAACUGGACUUGCGUUUGGGUUCCUUGUGGGAAGGAUGAUUCUGGCUCAUUUGUGUGAUGAACCCAAGGGACUGAAAACUAACAUGUGCAUGUCACUAUUGUAUCUUCCCUUUGCCAUUGCAAAUGCACUUACUGCCAGACUAAAUGAUGGAGUUCCAUUAGUUGAUGAAUGCUGGGUUCUGCUUGGGUACUGUGUAUUUACAGUGGCCCUCUAUCUCCACUUUGCCACAUCUGUUAUUCAUGAAAUUACGGCAGCUUUGGGAAUAUAUUGCUUCAGGAUAACCAGGAAAGAAGCUUGAAAGUUUCUUUAUGCUUAGGUUUGGGUAUGCUCUUCCCUUGUUUGUGACCUAUGUUUUUUCAUAUUGCUGUUACUUUUACGCUCAAGUUUAGAGUUCUAUCUGUUACCAAUAUGUAUUU